AUGCUGGGAUUCUGGUCCGGACCCGCUAAACCAUUCUCGGCCCAACCCCCAAUCGUCACAGUCGCAACCCCUGAGGACCGUCCUGUCCCUGUUCCUGCGCCCACCCAACUCACCAACGGCACUUGCUCGCCCAACCUCGACACCUCCUGCAGCCCACUCCUCCACUGCAGCUGCUCCUCCCUUUCCCGGCUCCCCUUCCCCGGCCACCUGACACCUGAGUCGGACGCACCUGCCGCCCCCUGCACCUUGUCGGAGAUUUCUGCCACCUGCCCACCUUCACUGCCAGUGUCUUUGCCACUGUCAGACUCCUCGCCAAUCGAGCAGCAGGCGCGCCUCCAGCACGACCCCCAGGUGCAAUUUCUGUCGCCCAUCGUCGUCUCCGUCGCUGGAUCAUCAAACCCAAUCGACGAUUCGAAUCCGGUCGACCACCAGGGCUUCCUCGAAAUUUCCUUACACGCCGGCCCCGCGAAUCGCUGCAGGAACCCGCCAAUUGAAUUGCCCCAGCAGCAGCAGCAGCAGCAGCAGCACGCCUUCCACCCGCUCUCCCCAUCGCCGCCGUCACCGUGCUACCCCUACUACUACGACGAUCGCUUCCCCGUCUGCUCUGCGAGCGGCCGCAUCCUCAACCCCGUCCAAACGGAUCCCCACGCUUCCACAAACCCUCCAUCACCAAACCCGGCCGCCCUAGGAAUAGAUGAAUCUAGAAACCCGAGAAUCUACAGUCCUUCCGUCCAGCCCUCUUAUCCAGGUCUCUCGUCACCCGCCGUCGAGCAGCACGACCUUGCGAAUUCACCACAGCCCCUUUCUCUAGACCCGAUUACCACCCUCGCUCCCGAAACGGUCGCAUUUGCCGUUCCUCCACCACCACCAGAACCCCUCGCGGAUAAUUUCCAGCGAGUCGCCCAAAAAUCAACCCGAAGAACACCGUCGCUUGCACUCGCCCUUCCGAAAUCGCGCCGCCUCUGCGAGUCCUCACCGUCUACGCCGACCUGGCGCAGCUCGCCUUUGGAACCCAACAAAUUCGACGCCACGCGCCGCAAAGGCUUCCAAAACCGUUCGCCAGCGACGUCCGUCGACGCCCCGCUCCCUUCCGUGCCUCUCUCUCACCCGGUCAUCGGCGCUGAAACUGACGCCGGCAAACCCCCGGGUACUGGCUCUGGCGAGACCCCUCUCCUUUCGCUCGCAGAACAGCGUCAGAUCAAGCAUCCAGCCCAGUCGCGGCCGAGCCUCCAGAUUGAGCAUUGCGGUGCGAGUGAGAAACGCGUGAGCCUGCCACCUUCCGUCCGCCAUUCGUACGACGAAAAGCGUUCGACCAACGCUACGCCCACCCCUACGCACUCCGAUCCCAGCGACUGGCCGCUCCCCGUCGCCAUUCAGGAGCAGUCGGAUUCGCCCGCCUCCAAACGUCUCGACAAGGGUAAAGCCAGAGAAGCCAUGCCUCCCACGCAUGACGCAACCGAGGAGCGCGGCUCGCGCUCCUUUUCCAAGGAUUUAGAGCGAGGCCCUGACAUCCUCGACCCCCGCCUUUCCGAGGUCGACCCGGAAGCCAUACAAGAGUGGGGUCCGCAACACCCUUGUUACCCCCACCUGAAUCCUUAUGUCCCUGCCAACUCGGCAGAGUACGCAUCUACCCGCAUCAUCCGUGUGCGUCGUGACUUUCUCAUUGCCGGCGAUCUUGCCCCGACCUUUUCCAACACCUAUCCAGACAUCCUAGACCCCGUUGGUCUCUCUGAGCAGGAGUUCCGCCGAGUAAUUGAAAAGCUGAAUGCAGACCUUGUCCGUAUACACAGUCCUUACAGCUGGCGGAAUAUCCUCGACGCUACUCUCGGGCUACUGACCGGUUGGAUCUGGGACGACUUGGGCCUGACAGGCGCGAAAGCGCAACUCAAUGCUCUCGAGGCUUGGAUUGAGCGGUGGAAUGCCGAGAUGGAGAAGACGCUCGGCGGCGAGGACGGACUCUUUCCUCCCAAGAUCAUUCCCUUGAGGAAAACUGCAUACAUGACGCUCGACAUACAAAUUCCCGACCCAGAGAUUGCGGCUGUACCAAACACUCCGAGUGAGCAGGAGGUUUCCUCGGGGAAAACGCCAUCGCGGCCACCUCCUAAUUACCUUUCACCAUAG